CUUCUAGACUACUGAGGAAGUUCGGCAAUGACCCGGUUCCCGAGAGUAUGAGGGAAGUGGUUGAGAGGGCGAGGGGCGUUCUCUCCGAAAGUCGUUAGCGACCUCAGGAAGGAAAUGCCGCCAACAAACCUGCACCCACUCACUCUCGUCCUAGGGAGCUGGGCAGCAAAAGGCAACGGUCAGCAGACAACGUGGAUGCUGCUCCUAAGAGGCCCAAAACCUCUAACGCUAACAGCCCUCUUAACCCUCCAAGGGCUCUGAGGGCUUUCAGUGAUGUGGCCAAGGACCACUUGAUCCUGGCAGUUAUGGAUAGGGGGCACCCGGAAGGAAACCUGACGGCCGACAACUGGAGGUCCGUCCUGGUGGGUCUCUGCCGGGUGUACAAGGAGAUUCUCCGGAAAAAUCCUGGCCCUGCGCCAACUGUCCGCGAUGCUGGUCUCUACCAAGGCCGCAUCAAAUUAGUUUCCUGCGCUGAUGAACGGUCGGCGCGACUUUAUAAGGAAGCAAUUUCUUCUCUUGGGGAACUGUGGCCCAGCGCUGACUUGGUGGCAGUGCACAGGGAUGAAAUCCCUUGUAAGCCGCGAGCCAGAGCCUGGGUCCCAGAGGAACCCUCGAGUCCUGAGGAGAUUCUGGAUAUCAUCCAGGUCUCAAAUGAUACACUACCAGCCCUUGAUUGGAAAGUAGUGAAGGUCAGCGAGGUUAGGGAGCAGCAACGUUACAUCACCUUGGUGAUAAACGAUGAGUCUCUCCCGAUCCUUGCUGACUGCAAGGGAGUAAUUAGCUACGGCUUUUACUCCAUUACCCUCAAAACCCAAAAAGGGAAUGAGGGUAAAAUGAUAGAGCCGGGGAACACCGAGGGUGAACCCGAGGCUGGCAAUCUUCCGCCUAAAGGCGGCCCUAUAUCUGGAGCAGAAAACGCCUUGAGCGGUCCUGCUUCUAACCAAGAGGUCCAGGAGGUUCUCGAGGCCACUUGCCCGGUGGUGAGGUCAGACUCGGCAGCGGAAGCAGAUAGCGAUACGCAAUCUGUUUCUGGUGACGGAUCGGUACUUAACCGGUGGACGAGGGAGUUCGGGAACCUGCUUCUGACGUCGGACUCAGAGGACGCCGAUGAUACCAUCGUUGAGGCGUUCGAUAGAACCCCGCCAGAAGUGAUGGACGGGGACGAUAUUUUAUAAGCUGUGGAUGAAGGUUCUACAAAUAAACCUUCAUCACUCUAAAGCAGCUUCUGCAGCUCUGCUCCUGCACCUCAGUGAUAGAGGGGAGGAGCUAGUUUUUGUCCAGGAGCCCUGGGUUGUUAAGCACAGGGUUUGUGGACUUAAUUCUGAUGCUUACCGCAUAGUGUCGGCACCUGUGGCAGUUCAGCGAUGAAGAUACGGUGAGCAUCUCUGUGGAAAGCCAAUCCACAACACUCUGGCUGGUCAGUACAUACAUGGCCUACGAUCGCCAAGACUGCCCUCCCGCUCGGUUACUGGACGUGGUGAAAGAGGCCAACUCGAGGAAGUUUCCCAUAGUCAUAGGAGCCGAUGCAAAUGCGCAUCACGGGGUAUGGGGAUCUACCGACAUCAACCCGAGGGGUGAGUUGUUACUUGAUUUUAUAUUAUUAUAUAAUCUAGCCAUCUGUAAUAUUGGUGAUAAACCCACUUUUGUAACCUCAAAUAGGAAGGAGGUAUUAGAUAUUACCUUAUCGUCUAGCGCUUUCUUUGAGAGUAUUAGGGAGUGGAAGGUACUGAGCGACCAUUCAUUCUCUGAUCACAUGUAUCUCUCAUUUGUAAUCUCCUUUGAACUUCCGGCCUCGGCCGCUUACAGAAACAGGAAACGUACUGACUGGACUAAGUUUAGGAAAGUACUCUCGGGGAAUUUGCUCAACAAGGCUUCUCUCAGUAAGCUAGGCUUACUGUCCCCACCUGAUGAA